AGUAUAAGGAAGAGGCCCUGAACAGGAAACUGGGUGCUACGAGAAGCUGUCAAUGUGCACCUCUGCUGAAGCCAGGAUGGGCAUGAGGGUAGCACUGACAGGCUUUGCGGUCCUGAUGCUGCUCCAGAGCUGCUCUGCGUACAAACUGGUCUGCUACUACACCAACUGGUCCCAGUACCGGGAAGGCAAUGGGAGCUGCUUCCCAGAUGCCCUCGACCAUUCCCUGUGCACCCAUAUCAUCUACAGCUUUGCCAACAUCAGCAACAACAAGCUCAGCACAUCGGAGUGGAAUGACGUAACCCUGUAUGGCAUGCUGAAUACUCUCAAGACCAGAAACCCCAGACUGAAGACACUGCUGUCUGUUGGAGGAUGGAGCUUUGGCUCAGAAAGAUUUUCCAGGAUUGUCUCCAACGCUAAGAGUCGCAAGACUUUCGUCCAGUCGGUAGCUCCCUUCCUGCGGACCUAUGGCUUUGAUGGACUGGAUCUCGCCUGGCUCUACCCGGGCCCGAAAGACAAGCAACAUUUUACCACACUGAUCAAGGAACUGAAGGCGGAAUUCACAAAGGAAGUCCAGCCAGGCACAGAGAAACUCCUGCUCAGUGCUGCCGUGUCAGCAGGAAAGGUGACCCUUGACAGUGGCUAUGAUGUUGCCCAGAUAGCCCAACACCUAGAUUUCAUUAAUCUCAUGACCUAUGAUUUCCAUGGAACCUGGCGCCACACCACAGGACAUCACAGCCCCCUCUUCCGAGGCCAGCAGGACACUGGGCCUGACAGAUUCAGCAAUGUGGACUAUGGUGUGGGGUACAUGCUAAGGCUGGGAGCCCCCACCAACAAGCUAGUGAUGGGUAUCCCCACCUUUGGAAAGAGCUUCACUCUGGCAUCUUCUGAGAAUCAAGUGGGAGCUCCAAUCACAGGGUCAGGAUUACCAGGCCGCUACACCAAGGAGAAAGGGACCCUCGCCUACUACGAGAUAUGCGACUUCCUCAGAGGAGCUGAAGUACAUAGAAUUCUUGGCCAGCAGGUUCCCUUUGCUACCAAGGGCAACCAGUGGGUGGGGUAUGAUGACCCGGAGAGCGUCAAAAACAAGGUGAAGUACCUGAAGAACAAGCAGCUGGCAGGAGCCAUGGUGUGGGCAGUGGAUUUGGAUGAUUUCCGGGGCUCCUUCUGUGGGCAUAACGUACACUUCCCGCUCACCAACGCCAUCAAGGAGGCCCUGGCUGUGGCUUAGCUCCCCCUUUCCCACAUGCUCCCCCCACCCUCCGGCCAGGAGUCUGGUCACUUGCAAUGCUAAGUCCCCCGACUGGGUGUCAGUUUCCCUCCCUUGGAACCUGUGUAGGGGGCCACAGCAGGCUCGGACCUGGUGAACAGGGAAAUAGGGUAGGACGGUGGGAUUGUGAAAGUCACCGUGUGAGAUAGAUACAGGUCAUCCCUGUUAAUGAAUGCAAAUUCUCAAGGCUCUUAACUCCCUUUCCCCUAUCUCUCCCGACCAAAGGACACCAAUUUUGGCAAGUUAUAGCAUCAAGUAGGCACACAUCUUACAGGAUUCAGGGACCAUACUAAUUAUACCUUCUGCAAAGCCCAACUUGAAACCUUCCCUUAGGAACUUAAUCGUCUCUCUGUCCCACUUCCCUUUCCCUAAUUCCACAGCUGCUCAAUAAAGUGCCAGAGCUUAACAGUG